GUGUUAUGCUGUUCUGGGCCGUGUGGCCCUCCCUAACCGAUGAGCAACAGCAAAAGUGGCACAAUGAAUCCUGUACAAGGCUUGACUUUUCUCUAGUGUUAUUCUAUCCCAAUUCUCAAAAGCUAAUCCCAAACACAAAGAGGCAAAGCCACCCUCGUCUCCCAGCCACACGUGAUUCCUCUUCCCACCUUUCCCUUUCCUUGGACCCUCUUUGCUCUGCUCAUCCAUGGAGACAAACCACUAGCCCCCAAAUCUCCUAAAUCUUUCUAGUUGCUCUCUCCUGUAGCUGCUGCAGCGCCGCCAGCCGGCUGGACGACUCAUCUUUCUUCAAGCCGCUGCAAGCACACAAGAAGAGGGUAAUCGGUUGUCUCCAUGGCCAAAAAUAAAAGAUGAGUAUCCUCCCGAUGAGUCGGUGACCCAUCCACGCAAGUUUCAGUAUCAUUGGUUUAAGAGCUUCCCUUGGUUAGAAUAUUCGCCGGAUAAAGAUGCAGUCUACUGUUUUCCAUGCUUUUUAUUUUGUAAGAAGCCACUUGGAAAGAAAGGAUCUGAUGUGUUUACAGUGAAAGGAUUCAAAAAAUGGAAGAGAGUUAAUGACGGAGAGAGAUGUGCAUUCUUAACUCACAUGGGAAAGGACAGUAAAUCUGCUCAUAAUUAUGCUGCAAAAUGUUAUGAUAAUCUGAAGAAUAAGCCAUGUCAUAUGGAACCAUUAGUGGUGAAGCAAACAGAUGGGGAUAUCAAAAGGAAUAGGCUGCGGCUUAGAGUAACCGUUGAUUCACUACGGUGGUUAGCAUUCCAAGCUUGCCCCUUCCGAGGACAUGAUGAAAGUCUUGAUUCGAAGAACCAAGGUAAUUUCCUUGAAAUGGUGAAAUUGAUAGCUUCUUAUGAUGAGGAAAUUGGUGCUGUAGUGUUGGGUAAUGCUCCAGGCAAUGCUAAGUACACAUCACCUACAAUUCAAAAAGAACUUCUAGGUAUCAUUGCUUCUAAGGUGCAAAGUGAAAUCCGUAAAAAAAUAGGAGAUGCUAAGUUCUGCUUGCUUGUUGAUGAGUCAAGAGAUGAAUCCAAAAGAGAGCAAAUGGCAGUAGUUAUUCGUUUUGUUGAUAAACCUGGUUUCACUCGUGAGCGUUUUCUUGAUAUUGUUCAUGUUGCUGAUACAUCUUCGGCUACUCUAAAAGAAGAGAUAUCUUCUGUUUUGGUUCAACAUCAGUUAGAUGUGAACAAUAUUCGCGGCCAAGGAUACGAUGAUGCUAGUAACAUGCGUGGAGAGUGGAAUGGACUACAAGCAAAGUUCAUGGAGGAGUGUCCUUAUGCAUAUUAUAUCCAUUGUUUUGCUCAUCAGUUGCAGCUAGCUCUUGUUGCUGCAUCAAAAGAAGUAGCCGAUGUUCACAACUUUUUUGAUCAUCUUGCUCUUGUUAUCAAUACGGUUGUGUCUUCUAGUAAGAGACAUGAUGAGUUGCAAGCAAAUCAAGUUGCUGAAAUGGAGCAUUUGAUUGAGCUUGGUGAGCUUGAAACUGGAAGUGGGGCUAAUCAAGUCGGAACUUUACAACGGCCUUGUGAUACUAGGUGGAGUUCACACUAUGCUUCUAUUGCAGCCUUGUGAAAUUGUACAAACCAACAUUUUUGGUACUUAAAAGCAUUGCAACUUCUAAAGGAUCUGGUACUUCACCUUCCACACGAGCAAAGGCUUCUGGUGCUGUUAAGUUGAUGAUGUCUUUUGACUUCAUAUUUAUUUUGCAUGUCAUGAAAGAACUUAUGGGAAUCACGGACAUGCUAUGCAAAAAGUUGCAACAAAAGUCUCAAGAUAUUGUGAAUGCCAUGGAUGAUGUUAAGACUACCAAAAUGUUGAUCCAGGAGCUAAGAGAUAAUGGUUGGAACAAGCUUAAAGCUGACGUGCUUUCAUUCUGUGCCAAACACGGAGUUCAAACACCACAUUUCAGUGAGUUAUAUGUGGAUUUCAUUAAUUCUCGUGCGGAGGAUGAGACUACAGUUGAGCACCAUUAUCGCUGUGACAUUUUCAUGGUUGCUGUUGAUCAGCAAGCACAAGAGCUGAAUUGUAGAUUCAACAAACAAGCAACAGAGCUUCUCAUCCUCUGUACUUCCUUGGACCCAAAAGAUUCAUUCCGUUCAUUUAACAUAGAUAAUAUAUGUUCUCUGGCUUCAAAGUUCUAUCCUGCUGAUUUUAAAGAACAAGAAAUGAAUAAUCUAAGAUGUCAGUUACGACAUUAUACGAAUGUUGUACCCACAAGCCCAAAGUUUCAGAAUUUGACAACUAUAUCAGAACUUUGUCAACGACUUGCAUCUAGUGGAAAAUCAGAUGAAUAUUACUUGAUUGACAGGUAUCUAAUGUUCUCUGUUCCUGUGUUGGUUGAUUUAUUCAUUGCUAAAAAUUCCAACUACUUCUUAAUGUACAGACUCAUUCGGCUUGUUCUUACUUUACCGGUUUCAACGGCAACGACAGAACGUGCAUUUUCUGCCAUGAAACUUGUGAAGACAAGGCUUCGGAAUAAAAUGGAAGAUGGAUUUCUAAGGGAUUGCUUGCUAAUUUAUAUUGAAAAGGAGAUUGUUGUUGGAAUAUCAACAGAUGCAAUUAUAGAUGAGUUCGAUGAACCACCACGUCGAGUGCCAUUUAGUUGAAGGCCUGGAGCAAGUUAGUUUCUCUAUCUUCUAUUAUCUAGAUUUUUCUUUUGUGUGAUGUACAAUUGAAAAUUUGCAUAUCCUCGUGUAUCAACGGUGAAUGGUGGUGAUCAAUGAAAAAUAUUAUGCUAUUACAUCUGCUUCACUGUGUUUUUGACCAAAAAUUUGUACGGAAGUGUUGCUGCCUUCAGUCGG